UUAUGUAAGCUGCUCGGUUUUCCAUCUAUUUAUCCUCCUCCCUCUGCAGUCCUCCUUCGCUCCUUCCCCUAUCAUCACCACUUCAACCUAAAAUUCAAAAUUCAUCACCCACCAUGACCGUCGCCUGUUUACCACAUCAAACCGAACACCACCAUCAACCGAUAACUGCAGGAGAUCUGUCAAUCCUAUCGUUGCUCACCAAGAACUCGUCGUCUUACUCUGGAAAGUUCUCAGAUAGGAGACCUCGACUGGACCCUCUCAUCCUGGAAACCGCUGCCCUCAGCAGUCCAGCUCAAACCAGGAACCAUUAUCUUCAUCAGUAUCACUCUCAAUAUCAACCUCGACAGAAACAACAACAAAUCCAACAAAAUCAUCAAAGUGAUAUCGAAUCCACCUCGACUUGUUCCACAUUCUCUCAAUCUCCAUCUUCAUCGCCCCGCUCCUCACCCACUCGAAUCCUCCCCGGACUCCACAAACCGACGAUCCAAGAGUGUAUCCAUCAACUGCGACACUCGCUUCCCCAAACAGAAGAAAGUCUAGUCGGAGCCCAAAAGAAGUCAUCUACAACAACAAGCACCAAGAAAGAUGGCAGUCCGUUGAGUGUGAAGUGCCAAGCCCGGACGAGGAUUCCGACUCCAGACGGCCAGCUCUGGCUGCAUCUUUAUACCAACAACCGGGACCAGAAGGAGCAUCUAGCGUUUGUGAUCGAUGAGGAACAGAUGAUGAAUCCGACGAGCAAGGCCAACUCGAGACGCUGGAUCCGAUCGAGCAGUUUGGAUGAGGUCUGGAGCGAGGAAGAGACGGAGAUCGAGCGGCUGAUCCGUGGGGCUUAUGUGGGCAGACUGGACAAGAACCAGCGCCAGAUCGAGACCUUCUAUCGGCCGACGGACCCCUCUCCCUCGGACCCACAGAAGAAGAAGAAGGAUCCAGAACAAGACCGGGCGAAUGGGGGCGAGCUAGACAAUCUCAGCCAAGUGCCGAUCGUCCGGAUCCAUAGCGAAUGCUUCACCGGCGAGACCAUCGGCUCUCAACGCUGUGACUGCGGCGAACAACUCUCCGAAUCGAUCCGCCACAUCUUCUCGACGCCUCCUUAUAAGGGCGCAGUGAUCUAUCUCCGUCAGGAGGGCAGAGGGAUCGGCUUGUUGAACAAGAUCAAGGCGUACAACCUCCAAGAGCUAGGCUUCGAUACGCUCGAGUCUAACCUCUUGCUCGGCUUUGGCCCCGACUUGAGGGACUAUGAGGUCGCCUAUCAGAUCCUCUCCGAUCUCAAACUGCACCAAAUCCGGCUGAUGACGAACAAUCCAAACAAGAUCGAGGCCCUCACCCUCUCGUCUUCUUCUUCUUCUUCUUCCUCGACUGUCAAUUCUUCUUCUUCUUCUUCUCCUUCUUCGGAGAUUAAAAUCCUCGAACGGAUCCCAAUGAUCCCUAGACAAUGGCAAUCUAUCUCCCUCCAAGACCAGAAAAGGAUCUCGAGAGCUUACAGCCAUCAGCUCGAGCCCUUGAUCUCGUUGGACGGACAAAUCCAAAACCAGUCCUCUCCUCAUCCUAAGCUCCCUUCUUCUGACCUCAUUCACUCUGAAACCGAAUUAGAUAUCUACCUGCGUACUAAAGUUAAUCGAAUGCGUCAUUUGAUUCCACUGCCUCAUCCUUCUUCCUCUUCUGGUUCUCCUUCUACACCAUCAUCACCUCCUUCGAAUCUUUCCUAAUACUUUUCUUCCAUCUAUCCCCCCUCCAAAAAAACCCCCCUAUACAGACAAAUAUGUAUAGAAGAUCUUCUCUCUCUCUCUCUCUCUCUUAACAAUAUACAUAAUUCACUUAUCGUUUUUUUUUUAAAAAAAAUACAUAUAUGUAUAUAUGUGUUUCUUUUUGGUCUAUGUAUGUAUCUUCUCAAAUGAUUAUGCUUACCAUUUUGUUUUCUUCUAGUCUUUACAGCAAGUCAGAGCGAGCAGAAGAAGAACUAGCUUUUUUUUUCUUCUUCUUCUUCUGUUCUGAAUAUCUCUUCUAGAAUUUGAUGUGGAUCUCACAUCAUCAUUACCUUUCUCUUCCCCUGUUCCCUUUUUUUUAUUCGACCUUCAUUUGAAUAAGCACUACUCUUCCACACUUUUUUAAGACUCAAACC